ACACAGGGAGGAUAGGGUGCUUUCUAUUCCGUUCCGCGUGAACCUCGCGUUCAGUUGUAAACAAACCGCGAGCAACUUUCUGCAAAUAGACGACGUCCUUCCCUCCAAUUUUUAUUUUUUAUUAUUGCAGUGUUUAGCAAACUCGACAAACGUCUGAUAGAGAGUUGAGAGAUCGUGAACUUUGGAGUCACUUGCUGAAAAAAAAAAUCAUCAAAGAUUUGAAUAUCUCGGAAUUAUGUCGAAGAGGAGGAACAUCUCUCGAAUUUUGUGAGCCGUCUUCCAGAAGUGCCCUUUAUUUUUUUUUUCAGGAGAGACCAGGAAUGGAUCAAUUAUAAAACGAUGGUGAACCGUACUGUGACUGCCACGGUGACCUGUUUUGUUCUGCUUUUUAGGCUCCAUGGUGAGACUCACGGCAGUGCAAGGAGGGACCGAGGCGGAGAUCAUUAGGGCCCUGGAGGAGACGCAGAAGGAGGUGGCGUGGAAGGACAUCCCCCUCAGCGGGCCAACCAUCGACGGGAACUUCACGAAAAAUAUGACCUCGAGACCGGGCAGUACGGCCGUACUCAACUGCCGCAUCAAAUACCUCGGUGGGAAGACGGUAUCCUGGAUGAGAUCUCGGGACCUCCACUUGCUAACGGUGGGCCGUUUCACGUACACCAGCGACCAGAGAUUCCAGGCUCUGCACCAGAUUGGCUCUGACGAUUGGCUGCUCAAAAUUCAUUACGUCCAGCACAGGGACGAGGGUGCCUAUGAGUGCCAAGUCUCCACGACUCCCCCUAUGUCGGCCAUUGUCUGGCUAGCUGUCGUAGAUCCGGAGACCAAAGUUCUGGGGGGGCCAGAUUUGUACGUGAAUGCUGGUUCAACCAUCAACCUGACUUGUGUCGUUAGCCACAGCCCGGACCCUCCGGCCUAUAUCUUCUGGUACCACAAGACAGAGCUCCUCUCCUACGACUCGCCUCGUGGGGGGAUCACUGUAGUCACGGAGCACGGGGCUGCUUCCUCCUCCAGGCUGCUCAUCCAGAAGGCUUCCGGCACUGACGAAGGGCGGUACACUUGCACGCCCGCGAACGCUGAGCCUUACCAUGUCACAGUCCAUAUCAUACCCAGUGAACACCCAGCGGCCAUCCACCACAAGAACGGAACAUCCGCUGCCUCCAGCAUCCACAGGAGGACCUCCGGAGUCGGGGCAUCCCCUCUGACGCUUCUCGUCCUCAUCAUCCUCUUUCCCCUCCCGUCGAUAUCGCCGUUCUGUUGCGGCCAGGGGCCUCCGAGGGCGUCGGCGAUCUCCAAAAAGCGAGGGGUCCUUGACCCGCCCCUCGCCGUUUCGGGGACGGUUCCCUCGGCCGCGAACGACGGCUCCAGGGCGGCGUCCUGUCCUUCCACGAGUCUUCGGGAGGCCGAGACCUACAGAUAAAAGGAAGUCGGCGUCUCCUCUUGUGGCGACUUACCCUCAUACGUAGAUUUUGACACUGUGUUCAUAUUUGGUCUCUUGGGUCGUUGGGGUUUUCUUCGUUCGUGUUUGGUCUGAUAGUCGAGCACCGUCAGAUAGAUGGGACAAGGCCUUGUCCGUUGAGGAAGUCUGCAGGACAUCCAGUUUGAGAAGAAGAAGAAGAAGAAGACGAAGAAGAAGGAGAAAGCGUCUGACUGUAUAGAUGUCUUUAACUGUCAUGUUUUCAUGUGCCUUCCUGUCCUAGACUUUAGAGAAAAAUAAUGCCAGUGAUAAAUAAUUCAUGUUAUGGCCUCUGUGAUUUUAAAACCUCUUGCCAAUGAUGACUACAUGCUACUUUUGCAACGUUUGGUGAUGAAAUGGCCAAGUAUUUGGUAGUAGGAAGUGUCAUGGGAGUCUGUUGACAGUCUGGAGCAGUGUGGGUAACCGCUAGCAGAAAUUGUAUUGUGAUAAUUACAAGUCUUUGCUGAGUGAGUCUGAAGUGUCACGUCCAGAGUUAGAAUAUAAGCAAAGAUGGCUUUAAUGGUUGAAGGAAAUGAGAUAAAAUUACAAAAUACCAGAAAGUGCUGAAUGAAUUGUAAGUGUCACUUGAGAAUUUAAAUAUCCUUGCUUAUAUAAGUACUGACGUCUUGAAUGGUCGAAGGAAAUUAGAUAAAAUUGGAAAAUAUCAGUAAGUGCUCCACGAGAAUCCCAGGACACUGGCAUGGGAACGAAUCUAGAUUUCUGCAAAAUGAAAAUGUUAAGAUACUUGACAGAAAGCAGAUCUUCACAUCUGUAAUGUAUAAUGCCAUUAAGCAUUUUUCGUUGUAGGAAAUCACAGCUGAGAGUUAUUAACAAAGUCGUUAAUUUGCCAACUUAAUGAUUUAAAAUCAUAAGACAAUUUAUUCCAGAAUCUUCGUCAACUUAUUUAUUCAAGUCUGUGUUCAGCUUGUUCUAGAAUUCUUGAAUAUUUAGACAAUUUAUUCCAGAACCUUCGUCAACUUAUUUAUUAAAAUCUUUGUUCGGCUUAUUCUAGAAUUCUUGAAUAUUUAGACAAUUUAUUCCAGAACCUUCGUCAACUUAUUUGUUCAAAUCUGUGUUCAGCUUAUUCUAGAAUUCUAGAAUGUUUGUAUGGCAUGGGACGACUUGAUGACGUCUGCUGGUUAUUUAUAUGAUGAUGAUGAAAAUAAUCUUAUUUAGCAUGACUGUUUAUGGGAGUAGUAUAUUCGUUAUGCGAAAACUGACACGUCAAUAGAUUCAGGAAAGAAUGUAAGGUUACAUAGGCUGGAAAAGUUCACCACAUUAUUGAAACUGACUGAAACAGCUAAGUAUUGUCUUGUGGUCCAAGGAAAGCCCAUCUCAUUACGGUUUUACUUUGGGCGUUUGUAAUUGCUUUUGAGGGAAUGAAAAGAAAUAAAAAGACAAUGAAAAAAAUAUAUUCUUAAAGUGUUCGUUCUCUGUUUCCAAGAGACUGAUAUAUUUGCAGGAUGUAUGUUUCGGGUGGAAGGGACAAAACAAUCAACUUCUCCCCCAUUUUACUCCGAGAAAUUCAUUCUAAGUAACUGCUUUCAGUUACGUGUGCUGACAAUUCUUUGUAUCCCCGAUGAUACUGGUAAAAAAAAAUACAAGCAAACUCGCAAACUUUCUUUUUCAGAAAGUCAUGUUUACAGUGAAAGGGACAAAAUAACUUAACUUUCUUUGCAUUCCGAGUAAUUUAUUCCGAGUAACAUUUCCAGUUACGUGCCCUGAUAUGGCUUUUUUUUCCUAGAUGGUAUUUACAUGCCGUUCAUUAUCAGCCGCAUAUUUUAUUUCUCUCUUCCAGAAUUAGACAAUGAGAAAGAAGUCUCAAAACGUAAAAUAAAAGAACGAACUCGGCUUUUAGUUUUAACGAUAAAGUUCUGUUUUCUAACCCUUAAUUUUUUUUCAAUCGUAUUUUCUAAGCACUCAUUUUUUUCAAUCGUAUUUUCUAACCCUUCAUUUUUUUUCAAUUAUAUUUUCUAACCCUUCAUUUUUUUAAAUUGUAUUUCAAGCCAUUCCUUUUUUCAAUCGUAUUUUCCUUCUCUCUUCGAAAUUAAGUUGAAAAAAGAAGCUAGCAAAUCGCAAAACGUAUAUAAAAGCAGAAGGUCCUCGGCUUUUAUUUUUAACGCUAAAGUUCCCUCUGCUUUCUUCGUAUCAGGCAUUGCUCGCCCGACUAAAAUAAAAAUGUCAGUUUUUACCUCCUUGACGGGGAACGUAUCUCGUUUAUUUUCAGGAAGCCAUUUUUAUUUUUUCCUUUUUUAUGUCAUCGAGUUCUUAGCACUCUUGCCUCUUCCCCACGUUUCUUGGCCAAAACUAUUAUUCUUGGUUUUUUUUUUUUUAAUUUUCUUCCGCAAACUUUUCCAUUUUUGGGUAUUUUUCAUGAGGAAGGAGUAUAAAAAGAAUAGGUGGUUGGAUCAGUUCUCCUAAUUGUCUUCUGUUUCAUCCUCGCCUGGAGUGUCUACCAAAGCCUCUGUUAAUCUUUUUUUUCUCCCUCAUUUUAUUUAUUUCCUUUAUCAUUUGCCGGAGGCGGAUUGUGAUUUAAUUUUUUUAUGACUGAUAUAUACAAUAAUGUUGAGUUUUUGUGUGGGGGUUGGGUUUGUCCAGAUGACUGGGAAUGCGUUUUUCUGGUUGAGUUUCAGCUUGGGAGAAUUUAUUUUUAUAUGCUGUUUUUUUUUUUGUAUGACGGUGAAGACAUCUUGCAUAA